CCCGCUGGUUGCUGAGCUAGUCUGCUCGGCUCCUACCUCUCCUCCCCCCUGGAGAGCGGCGCUGGGGCUGGGCUGGGCAGAUCUCUGUGCUGCUGAUACCUGGCGGUGGAUGGUGACAGUGUGCGGAACACCAUGCAGGGCUGGCUCGGUAUCCGGCUCGUAUGCGCCCUGCUUCAGCUCCAGAUUGCAGGUUGCUUUUCAGGAGAUCAGGAAUACUUCAAGAUCAGAAGUCAGAAGAAGUCAGCCAGCAAUGGCAAGCCAAUGAUGAUUUAUCAGAAAGCACAGAGCAUCAAUAAAGGCUUGGACUUGAGUAGCACAGAGAUGCCAAGAAGCACAAUAAAAAUGCCACCAUUGAGCAAGUAUACAGACCAAAGCAGACCUCAUCCUGCCAUGAUUGUCAAAUCCGUUUUACCUAGAGUAUCCAAUGAGCGAAGCAUUCAUUUUGUGACAAACAAUGACCAUCAGUUAGAAAUUGAAAAGCUUCCUAUUCCUGAAGAUGACUUGAUUUCAGUGGCUAUACAAAUGGAUGUAAAAAAGUUGAACAUCACCUUACUUCGGAUAUUCCGUGAAGGAAUAGCUGCAGCCUUAGGUCUUUUACCACAGCAAGUACAUAUUAAUCAUCUGAAUGACAAGACGAACUGCAUUGAAUUUUAUAUAUCUUCAGUGAAUGAAAGAAGUGCCACAUUAGAUCCAAUACCUUCGGAUGAAGUGAUGCAAUCGCUCAAUGUAAAUAUGCUGCACCAAAGUCUGUCAGAGUUUGGCAUAACACAGGUUACACCUGAGAAAAAAAUUGUGCAUGGAGAACAUGGGAGGGAUGGGAUUUGGAAUAAAGAAGGAGUCUAUGCUGUGGUUAUCUUCCUCACUGCCUUUGUUAUUGUCAUUACAUGUUUAAUGUUUCUAUACAGGUUGAAGGAAAAGCUUCAUUUUCAAAUCAACCAGGAUAAACAACAGCAUCAGUCAAUCAAUCUUUCCUCUAUUCCUGUGCAGCAGUCACAGCCAGAGGUUAAAAUUGCAAACAGUAUGGUACAGCCUGGCUCUCUUUCUGGCACUGUAAGUGUUAACAUUGAUCCCCAGGGCCGGCCUGCACCAGAAAUCAAGCCAUGCGUUUCUUCUGGUCCCUCACCAUUCAAAAUGAAGUCAGCUUGUCUUCAAGAAAGGAGAGGCUCAAACGUAUCGCUUACCUUGGAUAUGAGUACCUUGGGAAAUGUUGAAUCACUCAGUAUUGCACCAACACCCCGUGAAAAAAUAUUUCUGGAGUAUCUACAGACUGCCAGCCGGGUGCUCACAAGGUUGCAACUAAGUGAAUGUGUAGCAAACGCCCAAUCCCUUCAGGCUGAAUUCAUGGAAAUUCCCAUGAAUUUUGUGAAUCCCAAAGAGCUGAAUAUUCCUUGUCAUGGAACUAAGAAUAGAUAUAAAACAAUUUUGCCAAACCCACAUAGCAGAGUAUGCCUCAUACCAAAGAGUGAAGAUGAACCAGUUAGCAAUACCUACAUUAAUGCCAACUACAUUAGGGGUUAUGGUGGUCAGCAGAGGGCAUACAUUGCUACUCAAGGCCCUAUGAUCAAUACAGUGAAUGACUUCUGGCGGAUGGUUUGGCAAGAGGACUGUCCUGUGAUUGUUAUGAUUACCAAGCUGAAAGAGAAAAAUGAGAAAUGCGUUUUAUAUUGGCCAGAGAAACGGGGAAUAUAUGGGAAGGUUGAAGUUCUUGUAAACAGCGUUACUGAAUGUGAGCAUUACGUCAUCAGGGACCUUACCCUUAAGCAUGAAGGCAAGUCUCAAAACAUGAAACACUAUUGGUACAAAUCCUGGCCUGACCACAAGACACCUGAUAGUGCCCAGCCACUAUUGCAACUCAUGCUGAAAGUGGAGGAGACCAGACAGAAAUCACCUGGUCGAGGACCAGUUGUUGUACACUGCAGUGCUGGGAUAGGGAGAACAGGCUGUUUUAUUGCCAUCACUAUUGGAUGCCAUCAGCUGAAAAAUGAAGGGGUGGUUGACAUAUUGAGUAUCGUUUGCCAACUGCGAAUGGACAGAGGAGGAAUGAUUCAGACAAGUGAACAGUAUGGAUUUGUACACCAUGCUCUGAGCCUUUAUGGGAGCACAAUCUCAGCAGACACUAGACAGUGAAUCUGUCAAAUAAUGCAAUACAUUCGUGAAAAACUUUAAUUCUACGUUAUAUGGAAGUAAGGUGAAUUAUCUCUUGAAGGUAAUGAAAUAUAUAUUACCUGGAGAAACAAGAACAGGAAUCACCCCCAGUAGAAGGGUGAUACAUGUAAACACAGGUACAGUACAACAGGAAAAAAAAGGUUGCUGGAUUGAUUAAAGAUACCUGAGUGAAUGUUGUGUCAAUUUUCCUAAAUUCUGUUAUAGGAAAAUGCAGCUAACUGACUUUAUGUGAAAUAUUAUCUGUGUCUAAGUAAAGCCUUUUUUAUGUUAAGUUCAGUUCAACAAUACUUGGAAACCUGAUGGUCUGAAAAAAGCAAUGCCUGUUGAAUUUGCUUUGAGAGAUAAAGAGAUUGGGUAAAAGUGUAACACCCAGCCCUUUAUCAAAUGUUUCCGUAUUUUGAACUCUUGGACACAGCUCUUGAUGUGAUUUAUUAAUAUAUAUACACAUGAAAAAUGCUAUUUCAUAAGUGGUGAAUUUUAUUUCUUUACCACAUUAUU